CUGGUCGUCCUCUGCAGGCCUGCUGCUCUCUGCUGCAGAGAGAGGCUGCGUGACGUCAGCGAAGGCUGGAACGGUUCCUUGGUUGAAGCGGAAAAAAAAAAAAUGGGGAGAAGAUUGCGAGGACCUCAAGCAGGGGAACAAUGACGAAGAUGAGGUAAAAAGACCAGUUGAAUGUUGCCACUAUGUGUGCUCAUAUGACUGAGCUGGGAUCUUCCAUAGGACAUGGGAUCUCUCUUCCUCCUACUGACUUGCCAUUGUCACCCUUGUUUUCACCAUGAGAGGAUCUGACACAUGCUUUACCUCUGUGCCCUCAUACUGGUGCCAUCGUUGUGCCACAUGAGCGCCCCCUCUCUUCCGGCAGUUACUGCACGGAAUGGCCUCUCUGGACCUGCCGUACCGCUGUCCUCGCUGCGGGGAGCACAAGCGCUUCCGAAGCCUGUCGUCAUUACGAGCUCAUCUGGAGUACAACCACACAUACGAGACCCUCUACGUCCUCUCCAAAUCCAACAGUGUAUGUGACGCUGCUGCUCUGCUGCCGCUAGUGGCUGAGGGAGCUAUCCUUGCACCUGCCAACAACAACGACCCUUUUGAGCCGCUGCGGCCGUCAGCUUUAAAGGAGCGGCACUUCCCUUGUCGUGAGCUUCCUUGUGCGGACGACCUGAGUUUGACCCCUGCUAACUCCAACACUGCAGCCCGGUAUAUUCCCAAUGUGGAGUUUCCCCUGGGGGAGAUUUUUAUGAAAAAAGCCAUGACAUCCGCAGACCCCGGUCCCCACGGAAACCCCAGCACAGCUGUAGCAGUGGCAGCUAAUGUAGCGGCGAGUGCAGUAGAGGCGGCCUAUGAAGAGGGCCUGGCCAGGCUCAAGGCUAGGGCGUUUGAACGGCUGGAACUGGAUGAAAGGCUGGAGAAGCUGUCUGAAGAGGUGGAGCAGAAAAUAGCGGCCCGCGUAGGUCGUCUUCAGUCAGAGCUGGAGAGGAAGAGCUCAGAGCUGGAGCGGGCCAAGCUGGAGAGCGAACGGCUGAGUCAGGAGAAGCAAGACCUGGAGGACAAGGCCUCGGAGCUCUCUCGGCAGGUGGAUGUCUCUGUGGAAAUGCUAGCCAACCUCAAACAGGAUCUAGUGAACAAGGAGCAGGAGCUCAAUCACAAACAACAGGAAGUUGCCCAGAUUGAUCAGUUCCUUCAGGAGACGGCGGCACGUGAAGCCAAUGCCAAGGUGCGGCUACAGCAGUUCAUUGAGGAGCUGCUGGACCGAGCAGACCGCGCUGAAAAACAGCUACAGAUCAUCAGCAGCUGUGGCACCACGCCGAACGGCAGCCUGGGGCGCUGCAGCCUGCAGGCCUCAAAGGGCAAUGGACGCCAGAGAAACUCCAGCAACUCUGGGAGUACAAGAGGCAUGUACCAAGUGUCAGAACGACGUUCGUCCCCCAGCACAGGAGCAUCAGGGCGGAUCAAGUCUGUCUCACAGGGCUCUGGAGGUUACGAAAGUGACAGCGUGGAGAUGCAUCCCAUGGAGGACUGCUCCGAGGCUCAGUUCUAUCAAAUGCAGUGCCGGCUGGGUGAGGGGGGUUACGAGCGCUCCCCUGGUUGUGGCGGUGGUGGAUCGCGGAACUGGGGUCUUCGUAAACAGGCUAUCCAGAACUGGCAGCGUCGACCUUACAUGAACAGCACUGAAGGCGAGGAAGGAGACAUAUCAGACGUGGGUUCCAGGACCACAGAGUCUGAGGUGGAGAUGUGGGAACAAGAGAGGAGAGCUGUGGCUGAAGUCCAGCAGUCUGCCCCUCCAUAUUCUCAGCACGGCAGGCCAGGAUAUCGCCCUAACACAGGUCGGUCUGAUGGAGUCUACAACAAGCCAUGCCGCCAUGAAAAGAGCCCUUCAAAAUCCAACGAGGUGAUCAGUCCAGAAAUCCUGAAGAUGCGUGCAGCUCUUUUCUGUAUCUUCACCUACCUGGAUACUAAAACCCUGCUGGGAGCGGCUGAGGUCUGCCGUGACUGGAAGUUUGUGGCUCGUCAUCCAGCUGUGUGGACCAGAGUGCUGCUAGAGAACGCUCGCAUUUCCUCCAAGUUCCUGAGCACAUUGUCUCAGUGGUGCACUCAGACACAUUCCCUCAUCCUGCAAAACCUCAAACCAAGACAGCGGGGCAAGAAGGAAACCAAGGACGAGUACCUUAAAACCACACGUGGCUGUCUGGAGGAAGGUCUGGAGGCGUUGUUAAAGGCCACAGGAAGUAACCUGCUGAUACUGAAGAUUUCACACUGCCCCAACCUGCUAACCGAUCGCUCCCUCUGGCUGGCCAGCUGCUACUGCCGAGCUCUGCAGGCUGUGACCUACAGAAGUGCCACAGAUCCAGUUGGCCAGGAGGUGAUCUGGGCCCUCGGAGCAGGUUGUAGAGACAUCAUCUCCCUGCAGGUGGCGCCGCUACACCCAUGCCAACAACCUGCCCGUUUCAGUAACCGAUGCCUGCAGACAAUCGGAAGAUGUUGGCCGCACCUCCGUGCUCUUGGUGUAGGCGGGGCUGGAUGUGGCAUUCAGGGGCUGGCCUCUCUCUCAAGGAACUGCAUGCGCCUGCAGGUGCUGGAGUUGGAUCAUGUGAGUGAAAUCAACCAAGAGGUGGCAGCAGAGGUUUGCAGAGAGGGCUUGAAAGGUCUGGAGAUGCUGGUGCUCACCUCCACACCAGUCACCCCCAAAGCCCUGCUCCACUUCAACAGUGUUUGCCGCAACCUGAAGUCUGUCGUGGUUCAGAUUGGUAUAGAAGACUACUUUGAGGACCCCAACAGCCCUGAAGCUAGAAAACUGUUUGAUGAGAUGGUUAACAAGCUUCAGGCUCUAAAGAAGAGACCCGGCUUCUCCAAAAUCCUACACGUAAAAGCAGACAGUCUCUGCUAACAUCUUUUGUGCAGAUUUUUCAAGUCUUGUAGAGGGGCCAUCUUGGCUCCAGUCAAUCAAAAAGACCCAGCUGUUUUGAGCCCGCUCCACUGGGUUUGAAUACGUCUGCAGAAACAACAGAUGAUUGCCACGGUGAACCAGGACCAGGGCUCAAUGUGCAUACAAGUACAAACUUCAAACAGAAAAAAACUCAUUAACUACUCCAGUAAGGGGGAACAAAUAUCUCCUUAAUGUGUCAAUAUGAUUGAAAUCAGUUGGGAGGCUUACUUGGACAAACAAUGGCAGUAUAUAU